UCAAAAAGAGUACGCACGACCCGGCGAUCGGACACAAUCAUGCUGGUUUGAAUUCGGUCACACCUUUUCUGAGAGACCAGGACAAAAGACACAUGGAAAAACUCACCACUCGCUGAGCCGCUGUGUAAAAACUAGAACCAGGCCGAUAACAAGUACCAGGCCGAUAUCUAGUACCAGGCUGAUAUCUUGUACCAGGCCAAUAUCUAGUAUCUAGUACCAGGCCGAUAUCUUCAAAGUUUGGUUUUUCUUCCAACACAUUGUCCAGAUCGAUGGAGAACUAGACGAACCACGUGGAACACGGCCAGUCGAUCACAGAGAGGAUUCACUGCUUUCUAAAGAGAAUUAGACUAUGUGUAUAUGUGACACUGCUACUGACAUACUGAAGAAUAACAGGACUAUCAAUAUCUUACUGUUUGGAAUCAGGACCACGAAUUAAGGGAAAAGGAUGUCCAAGUUUAGCAAGCUUCGUCUGCCAAAAUGGAGUAAAAAUAAAGCCAAAUCGAGUGAAGUAAACACCAGUGCUGUCAACAGCAGGACAGAGCUUUUUUUCAAUUCAGUGAACAAUGACCGGGUUCUGCUUCCUACUACCAGCUUGGAUGAUGAUGGACUUGGGACAGACCACAUUCCAAAUCCUUCUGAUAGCGACAGUAGUGGGUCGUCGGAGUCCAUAGUAAUUGAGGUGGAACACUGGAACAAUCAUAUCGAGUUCUUCUUCUCCUUGCUGGGGAAUUCUGUUGGACUGGGAAAUGUCUGGAGGUUCCCUUAUAUCUGUAUGCGGAAUGGCGGUGGCGCCUUCCUGAUUCCAUAUUUCUUUGCCCUGACCAUGGUAGGAGUUCCCUUGUACUAUCUGGAGGUGGUCAUUGGCCAGUUCUCUGGGCUCAGAGUCACACAAGCAUGGAGUUUCUGUCCUUUAUUUGAGGGUAUCGGUUGGGCGAUGGUCGUGGUAUGUUUCGUCUUUUCCGUUUACUACUCUCACUGUAUAACCUGGAUCAUCUAUUACUUCGGCAUGUCCUUCUUCCCCGAGCUGCCCUGGGCCAACUGCAAUAACACAUGGAAUACCCCAAACUGCGGGACAACAAACUUCACCGCCAUGGCCAUGAAUUACAGCCUGUCGCAAAAUGAAACAGAUAUCAAACCACCCUUCCUGAUGGACGAUCCUGAGAAUAGAGACCAGCCCGCUCUCCACAUGAGCCGCAAUGAGUCUAUGGCCUUCCAGAAGCUGAUGUCCCCUGCAGAGGAAUUUUGGCAGUUUCAUGUGUUAGAACUGACUGAUGAUGUCGGCAUCAUGGGCGGCAUACGAUGGCAGCUUGUCUUAUGUCACCUCGCUGCCUGGAUCUUUGUCUACCUGUGCCUAAUAAAGGGUAUAAAGUCACUGGGAAAGGCUGUUUACGUGACCGCUAUCGCUCCCUAUAUCUUUCUCACCAUCCUUCUCGUCAGGGGUUGCAUGCUUCCAGGAGCAAACGAAGGCAUUAAAUACUACAUCACACCUCAGUGGGAAAAGCUCAAAGAUUUCCAGAUUUGGUCGGAGGCGUUCCUUCAGAUAUUUUACUCCGUGGGUCUUUGUAUAGGACCGGUCCUGACCUUCUCGAGCUUCAACAGGUUCAACAGCAACUGUCACAGAGAUGCCUUAUUGAUCACUAUCAUCAACUGCCUAACAAGCUUUUAUGGAGGCUUUGCCAUUUUCUCUAUAGUGGGCUUCAUAUCAUACAGAAGUGGUAUUAAAGUAGAAGACGCUAUCACCUCAGGUCCUGGUUUAGCGUUCAUCGCUUACCCAGAGGGCUUGGCCCAGCUUCCCUUUCCUCAGCUAUGGUCAGUCCUCUUCUUCUUGACGCUCUGUACUUUAGGAUUCGGCACACAGUUUGGUCAUAUGAUGACAGUCGUGUCUGGUGUGACAGACCGGUGGCCUCAGUACUUCAAGGGCAAGAGUCGGUGGAUCCUCACAGUUCAUACAGCCAUUGGUAUAUUAGUGGGUUUGGUGUUCUGUACGAGGGGCGGGAUGUACUAUUUCCAACUGGUUGACUGGUAUGGUACGCCAUUCACCAUGGUUCUCAACUGUAUCUUUGAAGCUAUCGCCAUCUCAUGGAUUUAUGGACUGAACCAGAUCUUCAGCGACAUUGAGUUGAUGUUAGGCAAGAAGCCUUGGAUAACAUACAAAGCAUUCUGGGGCGUGAUAGCCCCUGUCCUCAUGGUGGUUUUCUUUACCUAUUCUAUGACGGGUUUCGUUGAGCCGACCUACGGCAAGUACACGUAUCCACGAUGGGCUAUCGGCAUGGGAUGGCUGGUCGCCCUGGCCUCUAUGUUGCAGAUACCGGGAUUCGCCAUCAAGAAUCUAGUUAUGGCGAAGGGUUCAUUCAAAAAGCGUCUACGGACAGUCCUGUCACCGUCUGAGUUAUGGAAACCCCAGUCUAAAGAACACCAAGCAGGGUACAAGUACAGGACGAACCUUGGAGCUUCAAAUGAACAUUACAAGCUGAAAGAGAUAAGCACGGAGUCAUGUUAAUGGGAUGACACAAGGCAGGCUAAUGCAUGCCAGACUGAAUAUGAGGUGGAAAUCUUUCUGAUCAGAGACACCCUAACUUUGUCACCACAUUCCCACAAAACACUAAUUAGCUACAUCAGUUGCAAACCUACCUCUUCAUUAAACAUGACACCGAGGUGUAGUCCCAUGCUGGGAGCAGGUCGUGUCAGAAAAGGAAAGGUUGGAACUGAUUGUGUCUCGAAAUGACAAUCUACCACAUGUACACAUCAUUUACCUUCACCGACAAAGUUAUGUUGACUCUGUGUCUACAUAUUUAAUCUAUCAGUUGAUGAUCUCAAUUGAUGAAAUACGGCAGCUACUGCAUUCUUUUGCAAAAUCACUUAGUCAGCUACUUGAAGAUGCUUGCGCAAGAAGUUGUCAGAUAUAUUACGAAUUCAAUUUUCACCGUGACAGAAUUGGCACUUGACGCCCUUCAGUAGUGGCAACCUCCAUGUACCCCCCUUGGAAAAUGAUCGAUGUCACUUUAUUGCACCGGUAUCAAACAAGGCAUUUGAAUGCAAGUUCGGGAUUUGCAGGGUAUAAAGCUCGGCUGUGAGAUUGACUGUAUAAAAGAUUGUAUUUCGUAACAUCAGCACCCUAAAGUUUUAGACGUUUGAUCUUGAUCAUUUGCUUGGUGGAGGCAUUGGUAUAGCACUGGGACACCUUUAAAAAAUAAGCCAAGGAAAAAUAAACUUGUAGAUACUAGAAGAUUUGCUUAGAGGGUCUGUGACAAGUAAUUCUUCUUCAUCAGUUCUAAAAUCGAAAACACAGUUCUGUUUUGAAAAUUGAUCAAGAAAAAUUGCAUGACAUCUCCUUCGCAAAAAUAUGUAGUUGCUGUAUAUAAUCAUUGCUUAUAGAUGCUGGCUUUCUUGGGUGACCCUUAAAGCAGGAGUAGGUUGCUGUCAGAAAUCUCGAGUGUUCCUCAUUUCUCAGUGUUCCCCUUCAACAAGUUGACAUAAUAAGCAUGCUCCGAGACAGCAAUGCACUGGAAACGCUGUAUCCUUUGGAAAUCAGAGGUUAAUGUUCGCUCGAGAAAGGAAAAGCACUGCGAUUCGUGCCACCGAGGUCUUUCGUGACAUGCUCUUGGUUCUACGGGUCAUUCCCAAAAGGUCACGCAAUUUAAAGAUGUUUGUUUUGAGUGUGUCAAUGAUGUUUAUUAGUUAACGAAUCGACUGUCACGAGUGUGACUGAUCACCAAUCUGCAUGUUGGACAAAGGUAUAGCUUUGCCUUUAUGACACAAUAAACAGUCAUGAUGGAGCCUUACGCCCCUCAAAAUGAA